CCCAGGCUGAGGCUAACGAAGCACUCACCAAAGCUGCAUGGCGCCGUGAUAUUUACUUCAGGCGGACACUGAGGUGGAACUUCUGCCCAGGAAAAAGUUAUUUUAUAAAUAUAUAUACACAUAUAUUUAAAAAGUACUCACUUGCUUCAAAAUGAGCGACGACACCGACUCCCCUCCCGAGAGGGAGAUGAAGGAUUUUCAGUUUCGUCAAAUGAAGAAAGCAAAAGUUUUCGAAUCUUCUGGAGAAAUGCCAAGAGAGAGGUCGAGUUUGCUCACCAUCUCCAACAAAUUUGGCUUAACGUUCGUGGGGAUGGGCAGAACCUUUAAAGUUUACCGCACACAAGAUAUCCUCGCCGUUGAUAAACAUGAGGGCAACUCCAACACAAUAGUUGAUGGAAUUGCAGCACUGGCAGAGGUGACUGUGGCGAUGGCUUUGCACCACCUGGCACUGAGUUGUGAUGAGCUUACAUUGUCAGUGUGUGGCAUCUCUACGGACGCCACUUUGUCCAUCACCUUCUAUGAUGUCCGCACCUUUGUUAACAAGGCACGACCACAGAAGUUAGCAUUUGCACUGUGGCAGCCGUCCGUGCCCCCGGCGACUUUAGUGCAGGACCUGAAGUGGAAUCCCGCUCAGGCGUCCAUGUUGGCCGCUUGUCUCUCUGACGGCAGUAUGUCCAUCCUGAACGUCACCAACAGUGUCAGCAUGCAGGCCGAACUUCCCGCUUCCAGCUGCGUCACAUGCAUUUGCUGGAGCCCCAAAGGAAAACAAGUUGCCGUAGGGAAAAUGAAUGGCACUGUCAGCCAGUAUACCCCAGCACUCGAGGAGAAAAAAGUGAUUCCAUGUCCGCACUUUUACACCUCUGAUGACCCUGUCAAAGUUCUUGACCUGCUUUGGCUGAGGACGUUUUCCUUUGCUGUGGUCUAUGCCGCCGCCGAUGGCUCCCCAGAGACUCCGCCUGAGCUCGUAUUGAUCACCAUCCCCAAGAAGGACGAAAAGGUGGAAACAAAGUACCUGAACUUUAGUGAUACAGUGUACGGCUGCUGCACGGAGCGACAGCACCACUACUUCCUCAGCCACAUCGAGGAAUGGAACCUUGUUUUGGCCGCGUCGGCUGCUUCCAUUGAAGUCAGUGUCAUCGCCAGACAAGAUGAGAAGAUUUGGGAGCUCUGGAUGCUGGAGGAUGCUAGCAGGGCGGAGUUGCCCGUUUCUGAGACCAGCGAGGACACGCUUCCCCUCGGCUUAGCCAUUGACUACACCAGCCAUCAGCAGAUCCGCAUCAGUGAUGACAAGACAUUGCCGCCGGCUCCCGCGAUGCUCAUGCUGUCCACCGAGGGACUGCUCUGUCCUUUUGCACUGCUUAACCACAAUGUCGGGGUCAAGCAGUUGAUUUCCCCCUGCAUCGCCCUCACAGCGGAGGGAGAGAGACUCCCCAAGCCAGGAGCUUUGGCAGCGCAGCCCCCCAAAACCACUCCACCCCUCCCGUCUGCCCCGGCAGCCUUCUCAAAUCUCGCUGCGACUUCGUCUGCUCCCUCCUUCAGUAUUAUUUCCACAGCCGCUGCCUCAUCAUCCUCAGGCUUCUCUUUCUCUGUGCCACCCACCAAUAGCAACUCUACCCCUCCUGCUUUCUCACUUGGCUCAACCGCACCUUUCGGGGCCUCAGGCUUCUCUUUUGCCGCCAAGCCUCCCUCCGACAUCCCCUCUGUCCCUUCUGCAUUUUCUUUCAGCACUCCUUCAAAUAAAGUAGUGACCCCGACACCACAGAGCGUUGCAACUCCCUCCUUACCUACAGUCAAACUGAAUUUGAAUGACAGAUUUUCAGUUGUAGAAUCUGCAGCAGCAUCUACACCGUCAUUCUCCUUCACGACGUCCCCGCCCAAAAGUGCUGUCGCCAGUGGUGGCAGCAGCCAUAUUGCUCCUGCUCUGGCCACUGCUACCGCUGCUAUCACUGCCAAGACAGCGGCAGUGUCAACUCCUGUACGUCCAGUUCAAAACAGUGCACCAACUGCAGCAGUCCAAAAACCAGCACCAGCUCCGCAAGGCCGCUUCCAAACCCCCCAGGCAGCUGCUGGAAUGAAGGCUGUGGAGAAGCAGCCUCAGCCAAAGAAAGAAUCUGAUCCUAUUAUGAUGGGUAUACUGGAAGAGAUUUCACACUUUCAGAAGGAACUGGACAAUCUCAAAGUGCGGAGUUCAACAGCUGACUUUAAAGUUGGAACUAACGAUGAGAUGAAAGAUCUGAGGAAGGAGUCAGAAGGUCUUAACAUUUUCAACCUAGAGAUUAAGGAAACAACAGAGUCUUUGCAUGGCGACAUUGGAACCCUGAAGACGACUGUGCUGGAGGGCUUUUCUGGAGUUGAGGAAGCCAAGGCCCGGAAUGACCUCAGCACAGAGCGCAAUUACAGGCAACUGCUGUACAAAAGACCUUUGGACCCGCGUAGUGAGGAGCAGCUCAAGGAGAUUCGCAGGCUUUACCAGUAUGUUACGUUUGCCGUGGAGGAUGUCAACGGUGUUCUGGAUGUGGAAUGGGAGAAACACUUGGAGAAAAAGAAGAAAAAGAAGCACAUGGUGGUGCCCGGGCGUGAAGGCUUGUUCACUACACUGGCCAACAACCUCUUCAUCAUCAACCAGCAGAAAAACAGACUAGAUCAGCUGGUCAAUGAGCUGACCUCGUUGCACCUCUACAACAAGAUGGACACACUCACUGCAAGUCGUAACUCUACUGCAGCAACGUCAGCAGGUAUGGAAAGUGAGCUUGACAGCCUAAGGGAGGCACUGCUGAAGGCCAGACUGGACGCGACCCCUUCUAAGGCUAAAAGCCCAUCUCCAGUCAAGAUAUCGCCAGUGAAACAGUCACAGCUGCGCAACUUCCUCUCCAAGGGGCACAUGGCACCUGUUCGAUCAACUGCACCAGCCAACCUGUCUCGCUCUGCCUUCCUGUCGCCUAAAUACUACGAGGACCUGGAUGACGUGAGCUCCACCUCAUCCCUCUCGCAGUCCAUGGAGCCUCCUCACCUGCCUCACUUGGAGGUGGAGGAAGAGGAAGAACUGCAGCCAGAGCGCCUCCCGAUGACUGCCGUCCCCCCAGCAUUCCCUCGCCACCCCACUGUGGUGAGAACCCCAUCCAUCCAGCCAGGUUUCGGAGCCAUCCAGUCCACACCUUUAAGCAAAAUGCAGGCAAUGCCAGGCAUGGGCUUUGGACUGAGCCCUAUUCCUAGCCCCGUUCCCACCAAUAAGAUCAACCUCAGUGGAGCUGACAGCACCGCUCUUGCCACAAAGACAGUCAAACAUGGCGCCCCGCCGAUCGAGAGGACUGUACCAGUCACCAUCCCGGCCCAGCAAGCUGCCGCCACCGCCGCCCUGCGCAGACUGAUGGCCAAUCAGAAGACGGCUGUCGUCGGCACUUCCUUGACUGAGUCAACCUUGAAAACGGUCCCCCAGGUGGUCAACGUUCAGGAGCUGAAGGACAAAGGGCCUCCUGUGUCGGCUCCCGUUGUUAUCAGCUCAUCAACACCAGACCCAGCAUCUGUGACUCUGCAGGUUCCCACUUCUCUUGCCACCCAGCCCAAACGGAAUCCAUCCCAAGGUGUGCAGAAAACAUCUGCUGAAAGCUCAAGUACUCCACCAGCAGGCUUCACCUUUGGUCAGUCUGCCAAAGCUGACACCUCUGGCGCUCCUGCUAGCUCAGCUGAAUCAAGUAUGAGCAAAACUUUCUCUUUCACGUCUACCCCCUCGAACUUUAGUUUCACUUCAGUCACACCAGGAGCUGGGAUACCACAAGUGAAGGAUGUGAGUGAGUUCUCCUUUGGUGGAAAUGGCAAGAUGUUAUUCACUCCCCCUGUCCUUGCUACCAUUUCGGCCACACAGCCUCCAAACACGACAGCAGAAGCACACAUACCUGUCGUUACCACUGCCAGGAUAGACCCCCAACCUCCUAAAACAACCGGAGGAGAAACUUUGGGUAGUUUCUCUGGGCUUCGUGUCGGCCAAGGAGAAGAAGCUGUAGAUACUGCCACUAAACCCACCUCUGGUAACACUGCUUUUACCUUUGGUGGUACUGGAAUUGGCAAAGGAGCGGCGCAGUUUAGCUUUGGCGCAGAUCAAAAGUCUGCGGGUGAUUCCCUUGGAACUGACUUGACCAAGGGGCAAGGUAGUUUGUUCAAACCUCCCGAAACAACCCCCAAGCUGACCUUCUGUGUGACAACAUCAAACACAUCUGCUUCAGGAUUGCACACGUCUUUCGGCAGUCUCCUUGCAGCCCCCACGGAACCAACAAAUGACCCUAACCCACCUGGACAAGCUUUAGAACCCGUCUCAGAGCCUGUGAAAGAUCCUGCUCCUGAACCUGCUGUCGAGGGUGUCGCACCUUUAGAGCUCGCAAAGCCUCCAUUGGAGGAAACCAGCGCAGAAAGUGCAUCCAUGGUUAAAGCACCUGUUUUGGCCGCAAGUGUUCCUGUUGCACUCACAGCAACUGAGCCACCAGCUCCAGUCAGCACUGCAGAAGCCACCGCGGAUGCCACAUCUACUGCGCCAGUGGCCACCGCUGCUGCCACAACUGCUCCUGUAGCUCCCAUCCUGCAAGUAGCACCACCAGCCUUCCAGGUGUCCACAUCUGAGAGGCCCGGGUCCAUCUUCACUCAGCCUGUGGCGACAGAAAGCAGCUCUCCUGCUGUCACAGCUGUCCCUGUGACCGGCACGCCUGCUUUUCCGGUUGCUAACAUCACAACAGUCACAACCACAGUGACUCCUGCUCCCGCUGCCGCUGCAGCUGCUCCUGCUGCGAGCACUGUGUUUGGACAACCUGCUGCAGCCCCCCCAACCUCAACAGCCCCCUCAGCGCAACCUACCACAGGUUUUGGCUCAUCUGCUUUCGGUGCAUCAACUGAAAGCGGUUUCGGCAAGUCUGUUUUCGGCCAGUCAGGUGGCUUCGGCCAGCCUGCCAGUAACACUGGAACAUCAGGUGGCUUCUCUUUUGGACAGUCUGCGUUUGGAGCGAGCUCGAGCAGCGCCACCACGGGGGGAGGUCUUUUCGGAGCAUCCGGUAGCAAUGCCAGUUCCUUUUCCUUUGGCACAAAUGCAAACGCCCAGACAUCCAGCAGCACCGGAACAGGGCUGUUUGGACAAAGCACAACCUCUGCAUUUGGACAAAGCUACGGAUUUGGACAAGGGGCGCUGUUUGGGAGUAACACCACCACAUCCUCGUCUACAGGAUUCACCUUUGGUCAGCAAUCAGCUUUUGGAUCCUCCCCUUCAUCUGGAUUUGGCCAACAGUCCAACACGGGGAGUGUAUUUGGACGGCCUCAGCAGUCGACGGGCGGAGGUCUGUUUGGUUCGAGUUCCACAAAUGCAGCAUCACCAGGUGGCGGUCUUUUCAGCGGCCUGGGAGGCAAACCGAGUGAAGAAUCUGCCAACAAGAAUCCAUUCGGUCCCACUGCUUCCUCUGGAGGGUUCGGGCAGCCUGCACAGACAGGUGCCAACAGUCUCUUUGGUAGUACUGCAUCCAAACCCAUUGGAAUUGCGCAGUCCUCCUUUGGAGAGCAGAAACCAAGCGGGACCUUCAGCUCAGGCGGGGGGAGUGUUGCAUCCCAGGGCUUUGGCUCAUUCUCCUCUCCAACAAAACAAGGUGGUUUUGGCAGUGCACCAGUGUUUGGGAGCCCACCGGCUUUCGGUGCAUCCCCAUCAUUUGGUGCCAACACAUCAUUUGGCGCCAGUCCCUCCUUUAGCAACGCCAUGGGCUCCUCAGCCGGGAAAGUGUUUGGAGAGGGAACAGCGGCUUCCAACAUGGGUGGAUUUGGUUUUGCCUCGCCUCCUUCGGCUCCAUCUUUUGCGGCUCUAGCCAACCAGAGCGCUCCAUCAUUUGGGAGCUUGGCCCAGCAAGGCCCUGGCUUUGGAGGUCAGCCUAGCGGCUUCUCUGGCUUUGGACAGCAGCCGCAACCAGGAGGGUUCUCUGGAAACACCUUUGGCUCCACAAACCAAUCAAGUUCCCAAACAUUUGCCGGUUGGAGAAGCUAGUUUUAUUGAUUCAUCACAAGCAACAUGCUACUUGACUUUCUUUUCUCAAGCUCUUUUGUGACUGCUUGGAAGAGAAAGUAGAAGAAACAAUAAAAAAAGGGACAUACCCAAAAAAAAAUACAUGCAUGUCAUUGAUUUAAAAAGUCAUUUUAAACAUGAGUUUAGAAAACCUGUGUAUCAAUGAAUUAACUUUUUUUUUUUUGUAUUGGUACGCUGAGUUUAUAUAUUUAAAUAUUUUGGACAUUAGUGACAUCUGUCGGAUUUGAGGGACAGUUUGUGCUCACCAACUCUGACCUUGUUAGAGUGUCCUUGAAGGUAAGAACCAUCCUCUUAACAAGAGCUCAAUGAAUAUGUCUGGUAGGUGAAGAAAAGUCCAAAUAUGUCCUCUUAACUGGCAAUUUUAAUGACUAUAAAAGAUUUUUUUUUUUUUUUAAUUUGGGCAAUUAAAAAUAUAUGUUCUGAAAAAAUACAUACUUCAGAUUAUUGGCAAGGUUUAAUUUGGAACAGAGCUGUCAAGAGUGUAUGAGGAAUGUUAUGUAACAUUUUGGGAGAAAAAACAAUUAUAUACUAUAUUUUGACUUUCUUGUAACAACUAUGUUCUAUAUUUUUACAUGGAAAUAAAUGUUCACACUAUC